UUAGAGGACAGACUGUUGGCAGUUCAGGUCGGCUGAUUUCCAAAAUGACGGGGCGUUCUAGGUUGCCGAACUUGCCAGGUUAUGAGCUGCACUUCGACUAGCAGUCGUUUUCAGACAACAAUAGCCGGCGUCCGCGUUGUGCGACGGGCGGCACACUUGGAUGACACCUAUGCCUGCCCGCGACGUAACGCUGAAGCUGGACCGGCCUCAGGUAAACGGCACCACGUCGUCCCGAUGCCAUUCGGUCCAAGUCAAGCUCUCGUUUGGUUCACGAGAACGAGAUAUAACGGUGACCAACUCCGACGACGUAGACCGUGGCGCCGUCAGGCGUACGAGGUACCUUGCAGAGUGGCCAUUGAAUCCUCGAGUAGUAUCGUCGAUAGACCGACGAGUACUAGCCAAUUAGUCGAUUUCGUUAGAGCUAUCGAUCCCAAAUCCCGAGAGCAGGGUACUUGUUAUGUGGAGGCCAGCGUCGACGUGGAAGAGUUCGCCUACCUUGUACGCACAAGCUCAACGGUAAGCGCGACAAAGGUAGUUGAGAGAAAAACUUAAAAGGUUCGAGAAAGUCGUUGGGCAGAUAUCCUAGCCGGCCGCCGAGCAAGAAAUCCAUGUCGUAGAGCAACUUUACGAAGCACUGCUGCCGUCCAACUUACUGUACGUGACACUGAAGUUCGAUCGGCUGGACGAAGCUCACCGACAACUACUGCCUGCCUACUGCUAUCUACUACAUCAGCUAAAAUUGGACAGCGAUGGGUUCAUUAAGACUAUCGCUCACUGCUUUCUCGACCAAGAUAUGUUUGAAUAAAUGCGAAUCGUGAAUAUUUCUGUCAAUACGCGUUAAUAUCGUGUUAUUGUAAAAUUAGAAUAAACUAAUUUCUUUUCUUCAAAUUUAUUGGCGUAUUCGUCAUUCGGUGGUAGAACAACAAAUGCUAUUUUCAUUGGAAGCGCAGAACGUUCAACGGGACGUGUUUCAAUCGAGUUCCGUGCGCGCCGCUAGCAGACGACACGCGCAAGGACGUGACAUUCUAAUAAUCAAAAUACCGAACAUGGCGAAAGAGUUGAUCAGUAGAUAUGGCGCCAAGCCCUACGAUAUGGCUUAUCGUGGUCAUCUCUCGACGUUAAAGGCUUUGCUCUCACAGGACGAGAAGCUCAAGGAUCGAGCUGACGAGAACGGCAGAACUUUGAUGCACUGGGCUGCACUUGGUGGCCACGAGGAUGUUGUGGGCCACUUGCUAUCAUUGGGCGUGGCAGUCGGUCCUCGCGACGAUACGGGCAUGACACCACUGAUUCUGGCCGCAUCGGCUGGUCGCGAAAAGGUAGUGAAUAUGCUGCUGAAAGAUGGAGCGAAUGUGAACGAAAAGUCCGAGGGGGGACACUCAGCACUGCAAUACGCUGCGUCGAAGAAUUGGAAACCGAUCUGCGCGAAUCUGCUCGACAAAAAGGCCAAUGUGAACAUAGCGGAUAAUUGGGGUGCUACACCACUUCACAGAGCAGCUUCCAAAGGCAAUAUUGAAAUUGUCAGACUCCUCAUCGAGAAUGGUGAACAUUUGGAUAUUGAUAAAAAAGAUAGAUACGGUAAUACAGCUCUCCACUUAGCUUGUGAGGAAGAUCGGCAAGACGAAGCUAAACUUUUGGUUCAUAAUGGUGCUAAUUUGGAAAUUCAAAAUAAGGAGAAAAAAACUCCAUUGGAUUUAUGUAGUAUGGAUCUCGCUAAAGAGUUACUGAAAAUAGCUCAUAAUAGAAACAAAUAAUUAUGUAAACAUUUUUUAAGUCAUUCAUUAUGAGACUGCAUAUACAUUUACAUUUAUAUAAAAUAUUCUUAAAAUAAAUUAUUUUUGUAAUUCUCUAGUCGCCCUCCAUUCUUU